UUAUGCCUCAGAGUGGUACCUCCUGUUAGAGUGGUACCUCCUGACAGUUGGUCCUAUCUCAGCUGUAGUCCUUCACUUCCUGAACACCUCAGCUCCUCCACGGAAUGUUUUCGCCCCGGUGGUUCCGGUGCUUCGUCCGCGGGAUCCUCUAACCUCAGCUCCGGCUUAUCGUCCGUCUGACGGCCCGGCCGCCCCCCACCCCCUUACAGUAACCCCAACAAACACAGCGGAGCUCCGGCUGGAUCUGACACCGUGAGCCGGGGGAGCUAUCUGGGGAGGCUAGCGGAGCGUUAGCCGAGCAGGCAGCGGGGCGAAGGCUCGGUCCGGGCGGCGGGCAGAGGGAGCAGCAUGGCCGGAGGGAACCACAGCCAGGCGGGGGAGGAGAAGCCAGGGAUCCGGAGUCAGAGCGAAGCGAACAAAAGGUUGAAGUACAUCAGUCUGGCAGUGCUGGUGGUCCAGAAUGCGUCGCUCAUCCUCAGCAUCCGAUACGUCCGCACGUUGCCGGGCGACCGCUUCUUCACGACUUCGGCCGUGGUCAUGGCGGAGAUCCUGAAGGUCCUGACGUGUCUGCUCAUCAUCCUACUGCAGAAGAGAUUCAAUGUGAAGGAGGUGGCGUUGUUCUUGUUCGACUCCAUUGUGAUCCAGUACAAAGACACUCUGAAACUGGCCGUCCCGUCACUCAUCUACACGCUGCAGAACAACCUGCAGUACAUCGCCAUCUCCAACCUGCCGGCCGCCACCUUCCAGGUGACGUACCAGCUGAAGAUCCUGACCACAGCUCUGUUCAGUGUGAUGAUGCUGAGGAAGACUCUGUCCAGAGUUCAGUGGGUUUCUCUGCUGUUGCUGUUCGGUGGAGUCGCCAUCGUACAGGUGCAGCAGGAGGGGAACAAGGAGGCGUCGGUGUCGGACAGCUCCAACCAGAACUACUCAGCUGGCCUGGUUGCCGUGGUGAUCAGCUGCCUGUCGUCAGGCUUCGCCGGCGUGUACUUUGAGAAGAUCCUGAAGGGCAGCUCGGCGUCCGUCUGGGUGAGGAACGUGCAGCUGGGCAUCUUCGGCACGGCGCUCGGCAUGCUGGGACUCUGGUGGAACGACGGCGCCGCCAUCGCAGAGCGCGGCUUCCUUUUCGGCUACACCGACAUGGUGUGGUGCGUCAUCUUCAACCAGGCGUUCGGCGGGCUGCUGGUGGCCGUGGUCGUUAAGUACGCCGACAACAUCCUGAAGGGCUUCGCCACCUCCUUCUCCAUCAUCGUCUCCACCGUGCUCUCCAUCUACCUGUUUGGGUUCCACGUGGACCUGCUCUUCACGGCGGGGGCGGGGCUUGUCAUCGGCGCCGUCUACAUGUACAGCCUCCCCAAAGCAGCCGGCUCCUCCCCGAGCUCCUCCUCGUCUUCCACGGUGUCUUCGGCGCUGCCGAGGACGGACAGAAGCGAAGAGAUGGAGACGUUUCUGCCAAAUGAUCACGGCGGUGCCACUCUCAAACUGCUCAAAGCACAACAGCAGGAGGAGGAGGAGGUGGAAGAAGGAGCAGGUGGAGGAGGAGCUGCAGCCCCUCAGAAACCCUGACCACCUGUCUGUCUGUCUGUCUGUUUCCUGUCUCGCCCUCUCUGCCUUAAAACUCUUUACUUUACUAACUGAAUGAAAAGAGGAAAAGCCUUACGCUGAUUAUUGAUCAUUUAUUGAUUAUUGUUGUUUCUGCUGGGCGAGAAUCUGCAGUUUGACCCGACACUUUGACUGAGCAGCCGGCCAGUGUUCACUUCAUCAAUUAUGUUUCUGAAGAAUUAUUAGUCUAAAGAGUCACAUAAAACUGAAAAACCUCAGAGUCCAAAGUGACAUGUUCAGAUGUUUCAUUUUGUUCGACCAAUGAGCCGAAUAUGUUCAGUUUCUGUGAAAUAAAACAGAAAAUCUGACCGGAGAAAAUGGAUCUUUAAGAAAUAACUCGAAUUAUAAGUUAAUCUUCUGCAGCUGGACCAAUCAAAUUUAUCAAACCCUUUGUUGCUGUUGUAAAAAGGUUUCAUAUUUUUUGUGCCCAAAAUUCAAACAAGAUCCAAUUUAUUCAUAUUUUUGAGGGAAUUUAUCCUCAUUUGCAACUUUAGAGCUCAUUUAAUCUUCUACAGAAUAACAACAAGUCAAACUGUUGCUGUCAAAUCUGUUUGUAGAUCCUGUUAAUAAUCCAGAACACUGAAAAAAACACACACUGGACAAAGAUCAGUCUUUAUGAGGCUAAUUCCCAAAAAGUCAAGGCACAUAAGUUAAACAGUGAUUAAAGAGAAGAGUGUGUGUCUAAAAGGGACUUCAGUUUUUGAAAUUGCUUUAGCAUUGAGCUACAGAGCUUCAACAAUAUACGUCAACAAAAACUAAAACAAAAAGUGUUUUUGCUGCUGAGGCUCAGAUUGUUUCUACCAGUUCUGACCACAUGAUGAAACAAUGAAGUCUCGUUCUAAAGUCUCUGUGAGCUGAUGUGGUGCAAACAUGAGUGUGAGUCAAGGUUAUAAUAGUUUGGGAUUUUUCAUCAGUUUUAGUUUUAAUUUCGUUGUCAAUUUUUGUUUUCAAAUUCAGUUAGUUUUAAUUCGUUUUUAGAGUGAGUUUUCUAGUUUUCAUUAGUUUUUAUUUUUUGGAAAAUGCUCAGUUUUUAUUAUUUUUACUGUUAGUUUUAGUUUUUUUUGUAAUGGGGUAUUUGUUGGGUGCCAGAUUCAAUAAGGUCACAAUAAAUGUUUCCUUUAUUUCCUUUGUCUGAUCCAUCUCAGCCCAAUAAGUUUAUUAAGUCAUAAAAUCAGAUAGAUGAAAAAGAUUUCAUAUCAACCAAAAAGGUUUUAUGUAUGAGAAAAGUUGACAAAGACAAAUACAGUUUGUUAGUUAUCAUUUUUUUUAAAAACUCUUGUUUUUAUUUUUAUUUCAGUUAAAGAAAAUGUUUUUUCAAUUCUAGUUUUCGUUCUUUCGUUAGUUUUUGUUAACUAUAAUAACCUUGGUGUGAGUUGGAGACAUUUGUGGAGAAACCAGACGAGAUUCCAGAACGAGACUUCAGCUGAGUGAAACUAACGAACAAACGCCUCCUCCUAACUGGAUGCCAUGCAUACAAACCAACAUUAUUAUAUCUGUUCAAAUCCAUGAUACUCUCCUCAAUAUGUUGACAAUUAUUGAUGAAUGGAGCGUUUCAAUCAGAUCAAUCAGACUGUUAAAGGACGCACUUUGAACUCUGGGAACCAAACACAGACAUUUAAUAGGAUUAAUGAGCUGAUAUCAAAUGUUUAACCAUAUUAAUGAAUCACAACAUUUUAUUGAGCAUGAGCUGAUUCUAUUUUUUGUUAUUAUUGAUGAAUAACUAUUGAUGAGCUGCUCAGUGGAACGUGGUCGCAGGUCAAACUUGAACUUCCUGUCGGCGUCCACGCUGACACGUUUGUGUUUGGUGCCUUUUCUUCUCAUCUGUACAGAAGCCAUACAAUGUGUGUGUUAGCAGCUACACACACACACACACACACACACACACAGACUGAACUCGGGUCAGUCUGAGCGGACCGUGCUCAUUGAUUGGAGCACCUUUUUUAUGAAUGAAUCAUAAUAAUGUUGAGCUGCUGCGGGCGUCUUGUUGAAGAAGGCGUCCCGCGGCGGUGUCCUGAAUGUUUCUCUGUUGCUCUGAGUCGCUGCUCCGUGGCGAGGUCGCCCGUUGAGCUACUUCCUGUUGUUUACGUUUCUGUUCGACUUUUGGGAGGAAAGUUUGAUUGUUUUUGUCUCCGGACGGCUGCAGGAGCUGAAGAACUGCUGCGUUUCUGACCUGACACGUUAAAGUGACCGAGGCUCCACAUCAAUACUUAACUUCUCAUAAAUCGUUUGUUAUUAACCCAUUUAGGCCUAAAACGCCUGGGAAAAAUGCCUGUAAAACCUCUGGGCGAUUUUAAAAUAAGCCCCUAAAACCUGAAGUUUUUCUGGAAAUUCAACAGAAGUGUCAACUCUUCCUACUAAAUAAUAGAUUUUUCAGCCUCUGUAGCAGAUAGAAAUGAAAUUCAAAAAGUAUUUGAGAGCUUAUAGCUGUUAUAUCUGAGCUCCCUCCGCUAUAGUCGUCUUCCGCCAUGAUUUAAAAGUUCUGGAAAAGUCCCAUGAUGCAUUGCGACACUCCCACAUGUAUUCUGAUGCAUUUCAUUGCCCAGACUGAAAAUAAAGAGGUAAAGUAGGAAACACUUCCAUAAUAACCAGAGUAAGCUGCGUAGUCUCUAAAUUGGUAGAAAAUAAUGUAAAAGGCAGUUUGCCGGAGUCCGAUGUCACGUCUUCACAUGUCAAAAAUAUUCAGUUCACUGUGAAAUACAACAGAAAAGCAGAAACCUGAGCAGCUGGAACCAGACAGAGUUAAAGGUUUAUGUUUGGGAAGAUUACAAAAAUAGUAGAGCCUGAACCAUUACCAAUAUGGAGGUGAUAUAAUUCACAUUUGAGCUGGAAGGGGAAAAAAAAUUGUUGUUUGUGCACUACUACGACUCUGAAAAAUCACUCACUGUUGAAUAACUUUAUUAAAGAAUAUUUAAAAUGAUUAUGCAUAUAAUUAAAACCACAAACAUAAAAAACAAAUAAUAUAAAUAAGAAUAACUACUGUAUGUUCAGUAACAGUCAGUUACUCACCAUUUAAAUAAGAUAAAAAUUAAAUAAAUAAGCAUCCACUAAAUCAAAAGCUGUUUUCUGCUUUAAAUGUUCUGUAAAUAACUCAAAUGUAGUUUGAAGUUCAACAGCUAAUUUCUGUUUUUACUUUCACAGGGACUGAAGUUCAUGUGGAGGCACUAACUCGUUUCCUGAGUUAUUUAUUUUUUUAUUAUAAAACGUUAUGAGGACUCAUUUGGAAACGGAUUAAAAUAAAAUGAUCUUAAAGGGAAAUUCUGGUGCUUUUUUUUUUGGUUUAUUUUUUGCACGUUAUCAGCUGACUGAAACUAGACUUCAACAUCUCGAGAUAAAAAACAAAAAGAGCUGAGACAAGAAAAGGUUUCUGUUCUUUAACUGCUGCAGAUCAACACGGAGACAAAACACAAAACAAAAAUGUAUUUAUUUUUCUCCCAAAAUAUAAAAAUUUAUAGUUUUUCUGUUUUAUUAUCGGAAUCACAGGUGGUGUUUUUCUGAAAUGACAAGAAAAAGAAAUCGAAGCCGUUACAUUUUUGUUAUUUUCUUUUGUUGAAGAAAAGAAAUGUUUCUGUCUUUUGGGGCAAUUAUAUAUUAUUAUAUCAUUUGUUUUUUUAUUUAAUGUGGGAAUGAAACAUUGAUCUGUGGGUUUGUUUUCGGGUGGCGGUGAACGGUGAGGAAGAGGAAACUCUGCAGGUCGCUCUGUUCUUUUUUUUUAGUUAAUCAGAAAUUAAUUUGGAAGCUGACAGCGGUCACAGUCCAAAUUAUUAAUUUUCUUCGAUCUGAAGUUGAUUUUUGCAUAUCCAUAACAGCCUUCAGUAAUAAUUGUCAGUUAUCUCACACUGAUUUUUUUUUUUUUUUAUAAAUUACGUAAUUAUCUCAUUAUUAUUGUGAGAAAUUCACCAUAUUUUUCUGAUAUGAUUUACUCACCAGCUUUACAUAAAAACAUUUUCACGUCGACUCUUUUGUGCAAUAAAUUUGAUAAUCUGUCGGUGAAUAUAUGACGUGUCAAGUUUCAACCAAAUAUUAAAAUUGAACAGAUAAAAAAAGAUGCAGUGGAACUUAAGUUUCUCAUCAAAUUCUCUUUUUACAAAUUUGUAGAGAUUUUUAUUUUUAUUUUUACGAAAGCCAAAAAUAAUAAUUUGAAAAAAAAUCAUUCCGGAAUCAAUAUUAUUAUUAUUUUCUUAUUAUUUUUAAAUUAAAAAAUAAAUACAAUAAAUCUAUUAUUAUUUUUUUUUUUUAUUUUGCUGAUGAUUGAGCAGACUGUAUCUCAGUAGAACAUUUCUGGUUAAAUAAAAAAAAAUCCAUAAGUCCACUUUCUAAGUGACAAAGAGCCUGUACAAAUCCUGUAAAAUUCUCUUCCAAACAAAUCCUUCAGGAAGUCGAUGUGAUCAAAUCCAGCAGGGUUUGUUUGUUUGAUCCUGAUUGGACGCUGCAGGUGGAGAGCCGUGCAAUAGGAUGGUGAUAAAUGUUGCAGGACUCUUGAGACGUCCUCCUCCUGUCUGACAGUUUGUGUUUGUAUGAAUCCUGUUUGCAGGACGAGACGGCUUCAUCUCUGAUCUGUUACUUUGCACUUGAUUGUUGACUUGUACUUUUUGCCUCUGAACCUGUAAAUACUUCUUUUGGUAAAGUUUUAUAUAAACAACGACAUGAACUCAAA